AUGGCGCUCGCCUUCCUCCCGCCCGCGCCCGCAGUCCACCAUCCGCCGCGCCCCCUCAAUCCCCCGCCGCCCGCGUCCGCCACCAACACCGGCUUCUCUUUCCUCUUCCCACCCGCCUCCCGCUGGCCCUCCCUGCAGAGGGCCAGCUCCGCGGCAGCCGGCGGUGGCGCCGGCUCGUCAGAAGCGCCGGCCGACAGCUCGCUCGACGCAGACCUCCUCCGGAGGGUCUCCGGGGCAGAGGACGCGGACCGAGCGCUGGACAUUGUCGCGGAGUCGCUGGGAGGCGGGGCCGGCUCCGGCUCGAAAGCGUCCCUUGACGCGUCCGACUCCAAUGCGAUAGUAGCGGCGGCGCUUGACCGGGGCAACGUCGACCUCGCGCUCUCCGUCUUCGACGCGAUGCGCGCCGGCCUGGCGCGAGUAGGGCGCUGGGGCUGGGCAAGGCCGGACGCGCGGACCUACGCGUUGCUUGUCCAGCGAUUGGCGGCGGCUCUGCGCGUUUCUGAUGCUAUCAGGAUAGUCGACUACGUGUCCCGUGCGGGUGUAUCUUCUGCAGAGGAGGUCCCGUUUGGCAUAACUGUUCGCUGUCCAACCUGCAUGGUGGCAAUUGCUGUCGCACAGCCUCAGCAUGGAACUCAGGUGGUUUCUUGUUCGAAGUGCCGGUACCAAUAUGAACUAUUUUCUGGAGACGUUACAAGCAUCGAGUCAGAAGAAGUGAGCAUGGAUAUUUCAGCUUUUGAGAAGGCCUUGCAAUUUAUAAAUGUGAUGAAAGAUGAUCUUCCAGCUGCCGUUCACUCUAUCGUGAUCCGUACACCCUCAGGAACAGCCCGCACACAUAGAUUUGCUACCAAGACUGUGGAACUGCCUGCUCAAGGAGGAGAAAGAGUGACCAUUUCCUUGGCUGCCCCAGCCAAUGCUUAUCGUCAGAUGGGUCCCCUCAAGAUCGCGGCACGCUCAAAAGGGUUUAGUCCAGGAGAACCCAUGUGCCUCACUAACCAUGUCAGUGGAGAGAUCUCAAAGUUGCUAAGAGUGCCAUCAAAGAAUGCGGGACCAUUGUUUCUUAGUCCUUAUCUAGUUGGCGGUGCUGUUGCUUUGCUUGCUUCUGGAGAUGCUGUUUCUGCAUUCAUUGAUCCAAGCCUCCCUAGACUAAUUACAGCAACUGUCAUUGCAUCGGCUGCUGUUGGGACAACACUAAAUCAAGUGAUCCUGCCAGAGACACGAAAGCUUCCGCAAAAGGCGGUAGACAUAGUUGCUGUACAGCAGAAACUCUUAUCUCAAUAUGACAUGCUUCAAAGUCGUCUUAAGGAUCUGAAACAGCUUGUUGAAAAAGAGGUGUGGAUGCUUGCAAGAAUGUGUCAGUUGGAGAACAAGAUAUUAGCAGUAGGCGAACCAUCAUAUCGUGCUCGACGUGGUAGAGUGAAGAGGGUACGAAAAAGCUUGGAAACUACGCUUUUGGCAAAGAUUGAGCUGAUGGAAAGUUACGCAAAAUUAUGUUCUAUGAUUGAAAUUGAAGUUGAAAUGGACUCUGAUGUUAUCGUUGCUGAAGCAGCAACCGGUGCAGAAAGAAUAUCAGAACAAAUUGAACAGUUGAUGGAGAUUGACAGUCUUGAAGAGCAAUGGCGUAUACAAGCCGAGGCUAAUGAUGAAGCAGAAAGGCUUCUUGGUUCAGAUUCUUUGGAAGCAUUGUCUGCUGAGCGUGUAUGA